ACUGGUCUGCUCCGGACGCAGAUGGGGUUCCCCACGAGCCCAUGGGGCCUCCUCAGUCAUUUUCUGACUCUCCACCUCCUCCGGCUGGGAUCAGUGGAGUUCAGAGUGGUGGGACCAGGCCGACCUCUCCUUGUCACUUUGGGGCAGGACGUUGUGCUGCCGUGUCACUUGUCCCCAGAGGUGGACGCUCGGAGCUUGGAGAUCAGGUGGAUCCGGCACCAGGUCUCUGAAACAGUGCACCUCUACCGAAAUGGAGAGGACCAGUAUGGUGAGCAGAUGAAGGAAUACGCUGGAAGGACAGAGUUGGUCAGAGAUGGUCUCUCCAAUGGGAGCCUGGACUUGCGGAUCUCUGGGUUGAGACCCUCUGAUGAUGGCCAGUACAUCUGCACUGUGCGAGAUGCUGCCUCUUAUGGAGAAGCUGUGGUGGAGCUGGAGGUGGCAGCCAUGGGCUCUGUCCCUCUUCUCUCUCAGGAGGCUUACGAUGAAAUAAGCAUCCGGGUGGUGUGUCGAUCGGCCGGCUGGUACCCGCCACCACAGGUGCUGUGGAAGGAUGGUGACGGGCAGCAUCUCCCUUCGGUCUCCCAGAGACAUUCCCCAGAUGAGAGGGGCCUCUUUGAGAUCGAAGACGUCAUCAUUGUGAGGUGGAAGGCAGGCAUGAAAGUGUGGUGCGUGAUGAGGAACAGCCUCCUGGAGCAGGAGCAGGCGUCGUCCCUGUACAUCUCAGUUCCCAUUAUCUACAAGGAUGAUUUCUGGAUUGGAUUUGUGGUUGCAUUCGCCCUGCUUUUUCUGAUGAUUUAUGUUGUCAUGGAUUGUCUCUGGCGAAGGAAAGGGCUGCAGUCCAGAGCGCUGGAGGAACGAGAUGUAGAACUGGAGCAACGAGAUGCAGCACUGAGGGAACAAGCUGCACUCUUGGGGAAUCGAGAAGCAGAAUUGGAGCAACGAGAUGCAGCACUGAGGAUUCGAGAAUCAGAUUUGGGUGAGUCUCUGUGAUCUCCUCCUGGCUUGGUGUGUGGGAAGCUUUGGGACAUUAAAGCAGGGCUGGACCCUCUCCCAUGCCCAGACCUGCUGGUCAACAGAC